UUGCGUCACGUGACGUACAGGGGGCGUUUCAUCUGUACGAUGAUCGCUACUGUUUUUCUAAACCGAGAAUCGCCGCGCUCUAACGAACUCGUGCAGGAUUUAUCAAAACAAUGAGCAAAACGCUACUUUUACCGGUUUAACCACGGAAACAUCAUUUAAUAAAUGCGAGAGGUUCAUUCUGAAGUUGAAACUCCCGUGAAGAAUAUAAUGGGAUCUACGAACACCGAGUUAAUUCAUUAAUCACCGCUGUUCAAACUUUCCUGAGGUGAAGGAGAUAACUUAGCUCUUUAACAGAAGAUGAUAUAAUGGGGCUUUCUUUUUGUAUCCUGCUCUUUUUACUACACUUCAAUGAGGGAAUUCAUGGAUUACAGUUCACCAAAAACCCUUCCAACCAAACGGUGACUCAGGGUAACAUGGCCCGUCUGGGCUGUGCCUUUGAGGGUUUGAGUGAACCAGAGAUCAUCUGGAUAAAAGACGGAGAGAAGAUCUACAGCACUGAUCAAAUGUACAUCACACUAGAUGCACAUCACUGGGAGACCUUUCACAGUGUUAAAUCGGUGCAGCAACAAGAUGCCGGGAAGUACUGGUGUGAGGUUGAAUAUCACGGCAGGAUCAUUCCCUCAGAGCCUGCUUGGAUUACAGUAGAAGGUGUGCCUCAUUUUGUGGUGGAACCCAAGGAUGUGGCUGCAUUUGCAGGGGAGCCCUUCAACCUGACGUGUGCUGCAUCAGGUCCUCCUGAACCUGUGGAGGUGCUGUGGUGGCUGGGAGGUGAACAGAAGGGGGAUUUCACACCUUCCCCCUCAGUUCUCUUUAUUAAAGGUGUGAAUGACAGUAUAAAGUUUUACUGUGAGGCUAAGAACGCUCGAGGCAUCUCCGUGUCACGCACAGGCACAGUGCACAUUAAAGUCCGCCCUGAUUCCCCCCAGGAUGUCAAGGUACAUCAUGUGUCUGAUCUUAAUAUAACCUUAACAUGGAGUCCAGGUUUCACUGGGCAUUCACAGCUUUCCACCUGCACUAUACAGGUGUCAAAGGGACCUGGAAAGAAGGUAAAACUUCCUGAUGUGGACGUGGUAGUUCCACCCUUCCAGCAUGUGUUUGAGGGACUCAGCAGUUACUCAAAUUACAGUGUGAGAAUCCGGUGUGAUAACGAGGUGGGCUCUUCCCCCUUCUCUCCCUGGGUGGGCUUUCACACUCCAGAGGCAGCACCAUCAGCAGCUCCAAAGAACUUUACCUUUGAACUCAGCGAGCAGCAGCUCACUCUGUCCUGGGCGGCACUGGAUCAGGAGGAGCUACGUGGAAGGUUACUGGCAUAUAAAGUGCAAUGGAACCAGGGAGGAGAGAGUCAGGAUCCCUUACUUUUUAAAGACAACGUUGCCCGUCUCUCGGGUGCAGGGCGCUUCUUUAACGCCACUUUCCAGGUUGCAGCAUGCACAACGGCAGGAUGUGGCCCGUGGAGUCAGCCUGUUCUCGUGAUGCCCGUGUCAGCCAUGCAGGCUCAGACCCAGAGGGGCCACCUGUGGGUGGGCCUGCUUUUCGGCCUUUUAGUGGCCACCAUGGUGGGACUCCUGUUGAUUGUACUGGUACGCAACAGAGGCAAAGAGACUCAGUUUGGGUCUGCAUUUGCAGCUUCAGGGACAGAUGUGCCAGUUUCCUUUACAGCUGCCAGGUCCUUCAACAGGCAGUUCCCUGAGCCCCCAGAAUCCACAUUGGACAGUCUAGGAAUCAACAGUGAUUUGAAGGCCAAGUUACAGGAUGUUCUCAUCUCUGAAAGGCUAUUAACUCUGGGACGCAUGCUUGGAAAGGGUGAGUUUGGCUCUGUGAGAGAAGCGUUUCUCAAAUCGGAAAAUAACUCUGGGCAGAAGGUUGCUGUGAAAGUCCUAAAAACUGACAUUAACUCAUCCAGUGACAUUGAGCAAUGUCUGAAAGAGGCUGCAUAUAUGAAAGACUUCCAUCAUCCCAAUGUCAUCAAGCUCAUUGGUGUGAGUCUGCACAGGAGAGCCCAGCAGCGGCUACCUGUUCCUAUGGUGAUCCUGCCCUUCAUGAAACAUGGAGAUCUCCACACAUAUCUUCUCAUGUCACGCUUCGGAGAUGAACCUUUCACUCUGUCUCAGCAAAUUCUUAUCCAGUUCAUGCUGGAUAUUGCUCGAGGGAUGGAGUAUCUGAGCAGCAAAAACAUCAUCCAUCGGGAUUUGGCUGCUCGCAACUGCAUGUUGAAUGAAAACAUGAGUGUGUGUGUAGCAGAUUUUGGUCUCUCAAAGAAAAUCUACAGCGGUGACUACUAUAGACAAGGAUCUGUCUCUAAGUUGCCUGUAAAGUGGAGCUUGGAAAGCCUGGCAGAUAAUGUCUACACAACACAGAGUGACGUGUGGGCAUUUGGUGUGACCAUGUGGGAGAUCAUGACUAGAGGCCAAACGCCUUAUCCAGGGGUGGAGAACUCAGAAAUCUAUGAGUAUCUUAUCAAAGGAGAAAGACUCAAACAGCCUCCUGACUGUCCUGCUGACAUUUAUGAAAUCAUGCAUAGCUGUUGGUCUCCUGUCCCAAAGUGUCGUCCUAGUUUUCAACACCUUAUUGACCAGUUGGAGCUCUUGUGGGCAAAGAUGAAUCCAGCUCCUGUAAAAGAACCGCUGCUGUAUGUGAACCUGGAGGAAGAGGAUGGAGAACAGGCUUCUGGGCCGGUGGCAGAUGCCGGGACCCGUAGUAGUGAAGAGCCCUCAUGGGGGGUACCUUGGCAGUGUGUAGGUAUAAAGGAAGAUGAAAAGGACUGGUUAAUGGUGUCAUCAGGAGCUGCUCUUGCUAUUGGUGGAGACUACCGGUACAUCAUUGGCCCACAUGGUAGCGUCAUUGAUGAAGAAAGCAGGCACUCUGACGACGGCCUGUCUGAGGAUGUCAAGGACGAGGAAGAGGAUGUUAUCAUUAAUGUGUGAUUUUUGUUGUCAUUUUUUCCCAUGCUUACAUAAUCUAGAGGGUAAUGAUUGCGCAACUUGUAAAGACUCUUGUAAAAGAACAGUGAGUCCAUAAAAACAUUCCUUUGUCUUUUUACUGGUGAAAUUCCAGGAAUAAUGCUUAACACAAAGAGCUAUUCUCCAUGCUAACUCUAGAGGCAUGACGUGGAUGUACAAUCAGCUGCUAAUACCUUUUAGAAACAUGAUUUAACACCUUUUUUUCAAUGGUAAUUACUAAUUAUGACUGUAGCAAAGCCAGUGUUUCAACAAAUGUGAUUUUUAAAGUAUACAAUGUACAUCUUUGUGCAAAUGUUUCUUUGCUGGUACAGUGCCGGCAUUUUUUGUGUGUUUUGUAUGAAGUUUCAAUCACAUCCUGGGACUCACAUAUGUGACCCUGGAGCACAAAACCAGUCUUAGAGUCACUGGGGUAUAUUUUAAGCAAUAGCCAAAAAUACAUUGUAUGGGUCAAAAUUAUUGAUUUUUAUUUUAUGCUAAAAAUCAUUAGG